CAAUGACCUUCUCGGAGAAGAAUCAAUCUCCGAUUAUUCUUUCACCGUUUAAAAACCAAAAAUUUGUAACUUCAUCCCCCUCCAAAGUUGAUAAAUCAAUCGCAGAUGAUAUCAUAAAACUACUCAAUGCGACUAAAACCACGACACAGAUCGAACAUCCGAUGAAUAGCAGAAAAGUAGUCACAAUUCCCAACUUGCGGAACCACACUUCGAAUAGAGGUGGAUACAUAACCCCGCAUAGCCCAGGAAAGGUUUCAGACUUCAACACAAAUAAUAUUUCUGAUAUGAAUGUUGAAUAUAGUGACGCGCAUAAUGAGAUUUUGUCCGAUUUGGACUUGAAUUUGUCAAAUAUCCAAGACGAGCAAAUCAUCCUGGAAGAAACAGUCGUUCCGUAUGUCGAUGAGGAAACUGAUGAGUCUGUGGCGAAGCAGACUGGAGGCAAUAUCGAGCAACCGCAAAUUACGCAAUCGCCUUAUAAGUUACGUAAUCGGUUACCGGAGCAGUACGAAUCGUUAAGAUUAGAAGAAUCAGAGCGACAAGACUAUAGCAGUGACCAGUACCAAUUUGAAGAAGAAGUCGCUGAAAUAGCUCUCCCACCCAAAAGAAAAUCGACGGAUAGGCUCGACAAUGAACCCGCGCUAAAGAAAAAUAGAACAGAUGAUCCUGAUUUUGACAUGGACGAGUUUUUCCGAGAAGAAAAUGAAAAUUCGGGAGAUGAUUUGCCGUUGCUCCGAACUAAGCGACGUGAAAAAAUGAACGAACACGUGAAAACUUCGGACUCGAUUUCAUCGUUAUUGCAAACAGCUGAUGAGCAGUUAGUUGUUGACUCGAACGUGAACAAAUUGGCAGUAAAACUUGUGAAGCUUCUCCGUGAUACAAAAGAAGGCGUUUUGGAUCUCAAAAAUAUCACGAGAGCUCUAAAUGUGAAAAAUAAACGGAGAAUUUAUGACAUUGUUAAUGUUUUGACGGGAAUUGGACUUAUUGAGAAAGAACUUCACAGUACAGUUGUGAUUUGGAAAGGAGGGGGGCCUUUUUCCAACUCGAAGCCAGUCAAAUUAAAAUUAGCCAAAAUGCGGAAUGACAAUGAACGUCUGGAAAAAUUAGAACGAACCUUGGACCAGUAUAGAUUUUAUAUGGAACAGAGUUUGAAAAAUUUGACCGAUAAUUUGGAUUCAGAAAAGCUUAUGUAUGUCUCGCAAAGUGAGACCGCGAAAUGUUUUCCUUCAAAUGAAACUGUAAUUGCUAUUGAAUCUCCGAUCGGUGCUAAAGUUCAAUGUCCGGUUUUACCUCAAUACGACGAUAAAACACAGUUUGAAUUACGAGUAGUUUCCAAAACGCAAUCAACUACAGUUAAACUCUUGCGGCCUUUCGAUCACUUGAAAGGAGUGGUUCCUACUAGCCUUUCAGAAGGAUCUUCGAGAGUUAAGGGAGAGUUUUUUGCUUUGCAACACGAGAAGGGACUUAGUGAAUGCGCCGUGCCUGUAUCACCUCCGCCUUUGCAAACUGAUUAUAGGCUUAGUUUAGACGAAACUGAAGGACUGUGUGAUUUGUACUUUUAA